UGUUACAACAUUUCUACCUAUACAUUCAGCCGCGAGAGGCCCAGGCUGACAACAUUACUUCCCGUCGCAGACAGUAAAAGCGAUGGUUGCCGAUACGUGGAGCAAAUGUGAUUGACUUCCGACUGUUGACCCCUUUCUCCAUCUGUAAUGACAUGAGCGCUCCAGCAGGAAGCUCAAAUCAUUUUGUGUUUAGAAACAUCGCAGCGCGUGCGUCAAGACUUACGACUGUCCGACUGAGGGGACUAAUGGAUCAUUUUUGAAUAAGCAGUUACUGUAGGUUGUAGCGCUUGGUUUGAUGUUUUAAAUGUGUGCCGUGUCCGUAGUUUUGGGCGUAUCAAAAGUAAGCAAAUCUCUGGUUUGAAGCCAAAUGGAAAGCUGAACCAUGGCAGCAAAAGAUGACCUAUAUGCCAAAGUCGCUCCACGGAUGCAGCGACAAAACCGGCCAGGAACUGUCAAACAUGGAAGUAGUCUGGACGUUUUGCUGUCAAUGGGCUUCCCUAAAACCAGGGCGCUUAAAGCUCUGGUUUCAACUGGGGGCAGAAAUGUACAAGCAGCCUGUGACUGGUUGUUCUCCCAUGUAGAUGACCCAUUCCUAGAUGAUCCUUUACCUAGGGAGUAUGUGCUGUACCUGAAACCCAGCGGCCCUCUCCUCAACCAGCUCUCCAACUUCUGGCAACAGAGUCGCAUCACCUGUGGCAAGAACAAAGCCCACAAUAUCUUUCCUCACAUAACCCUCUGCCAGUUCUUCAUGUGUGCAGACAGUAAGGUAGAUUCCCUCUGUGAAGCUCUGCAGACGGUGGUAAGCCAGUGGAGAGGUCGUUUUCCUUCCCCCCUCCCCCUGGAGUUCUACUCUUCCUCUAACUUCAUCGGCCUCUUUGUGGAAGAGAAGGUGGCCGAGGUGAUCAAGAACUUUGCUGCAGACUUUGCCACAGAGGCAGCUUCCAAAGCAGAUGUUCAUGUGGAGCCCCAUAAAAAACAGCUCCAUGUAACUCUGGCGUACCACUUUCAAUCAAAUCAUCUUGCAUCGUUAGAGAAACUUGCCAAAGGCGUAGACAUAACCCUGGGCUGUGAUUGGCAAGCUGUACUCUUUUCACGGGACAUCCGAUUUGCCAAUCAUGAGACCCUGCGGGUGAUGUACCCUUAUGUGCCUCAGAAUGAUGAUGAACUGGAGCUGGUGCCUGGUGACUUUAUCUUCAUGUCGUCCUUAGAACAGGCCACAGCAAGUGAGGGCUGGGUCUACGGGACCUCUAUGAGUACAGGGUUAUCUGGACUACUGCCAGAAAAUUAUGUCAAUCGGGCAGACGAGUGUGACACUUGGGUCUUUCAUGGAUCUUUUUCUUUCCUUAAUGGAACCUCCCCUUCCAAUAGCAGGGGUGCAGUUGGUGGAUUGUUUCUUGACACACACUUCGAUGGCCGUGAUGACCCCAUCUCAAUGGAUCCACUCACUCUUAGUGUCAUAUGUCAGCCUAUGCAGAUGCUACGACCCAAUCAAUCUCGAUUGCCUAAGAGAACGUUGUUUGUUUGUCGCCAUGGUGAGAGAAUGGAUGUAGUUUUUGGGAAACACUGGAUCAAUCAGUGCUUUGAUGCCAAAGGUCGGUAUGUGCGGUCUAACCUCAAUAUGCCGCCGAGUCUGCCAGCGAGGAGUGGAGGGUACAGGGACUAUGAUAAGGACUGCCCUAUCACUGUGUUUGGAUCCACGCAAGCUCGUCUAGUUGGGGAGGCCCUGCUGGAGAGUCAUACAGUGGUAGAUUUUGUGUAUUGUUCUCCAUCUCUGCGCUGCGUGCAAACAGCCUAUAAUAUCCUUAGAGGUCUUCAACAGGAUGCAAAGACUAAGAUCAGAGUUGAGCCAGGUCUGUUUGAGUGGACUAAAUGGGUAUCAGGAACCUCGUUACCUGCUUGGAUCCCCCCUGCAGACUUGGCAGCUGCUAACCUCAGUGUGGACACAACAUACAGACCUCAUAUACCGAUCAGUAAACUGGCCGUGUCGGAGUCCUAUGAAACAUACAUCAGCCGCAGCUUCCAAGUGACACGUGAAAUACUGUCAGAGUGCAAUAAUCUGGGAAAUACAGUGCUGAUUGUGGCCCAUGCUUCCUCUCUGGAGGCGUGUACUAGGCAGAUACAGGGACUCACUCCACAGAACUCUAAAGACUUUGUGCAAGUGGUCAGAAAGAUACCUUACUUGGGCUUUUGUGCCUGUGAGGAGAUGGGUGAGACAGGUGUGUGGCAGCUUGUGGACCCUCCAAUCCUGCCACUCACCCAUGGACCCAAUCACAGCUUUAACUGGAGGGAAACGCUGCUGCAGGACUGAGAGUCUCUGCAACUUUAAUUGCUUUUCCUCCAAAGACAGUGACGUGCUAAAAGUCACACAUCUAUUUCACAUCAUCACAGACCUGCAUCAUAGCACUAUAAAAAGAUCAUGCUUCCAUAGCCAAGUUCUUGCACUGCUGCAGUACACCUCAGUACACCUAGACUCUAUGUCUUAAUAUAUAAGAGCAGUAAUAUUUGUGAAAUGCUCCCGUAAUGUGCUCUAACACCAUUUGCAGGCCUACAUACAUGGUCAAGGAUGAAACAUCAAAGUUAAAUGCUGCAGUAGGUUAUUUCAGAGUUGAGCUUAACGCUUGCGUCCAAUUGUAUCCAAAACAUAACGAAAAUCUAAGAGCUUCAUAGACACGAACAUAUGGCAUACACAGGAUGUCAUGCUUGGUGAUAAACUCAGGUUUCUGCCUCCCUGAGGAGGAAAUUGUGCGCAAAGUUGCGUCAGAUUUGAUGAGUCAUCAUUCAAAACUUGCAAAAUGGACGCCACUGGACUUGGAUGGGUCUCCGCACCCUUUGUAAUCUCCAUUUAACAACACAUGACUUCUCCCUAUUACACUGUGAACAAAGUAGACAUGCACAACCUCUUGCAUCAAGAAUAAGAUCCCCUCAGAUCUGCUACAAGCCCACAAACCAACCUCCUGAAAGCACAUGAGAAUAAUUUGGCAAUCAGACAGACUGAGACAAAGCAGCUUUAAAGUAGUUUAAAAAUGGAUUUGGAGGACAGCACAUUUGUCCUGUGCCUUGCUGUCAUGCUGCUAUUAUUAAACACUUUGGAACUAUAGGACACUUUGGGAGGACUGUUAGUUAGGGCUUAUUUGGAUACAGGUUUUGCAUGUAGGGUUUCUUUUGCAAAAUGGAUGAUUAUAAGCCCUGGAAGGCAUCAUCAAACUUUCAAAGAUAGUGCCACAAAUGGUUACAACUUCUUAAGAACCAUUUUACUAACAGCAGCUUGAACAGUUAAACAGGAACGUAUUGCUAUGGGCAAGUAAGAAAACUUUACUUUCCGAGCACUUGAAAAUUGCACCAAACAGGAAAGAAUGCUUCAACAAUGUAAAGAAUUGUACAUUAAUGCAUUACAUGUCUGUAUAUACUAAGUAGCAUACUGUAGUAAAAAACAUUUGAUGUGUUUCACCCUUAAAUGGAAGAUUUAAAACUGCAUUUAUUUAUGUAUCCAUAAGAUAGUUGUAAAGAUAAUAUGUUGGUGCUUCAGAUUUGUUUUUUAAUUAUUUCCUUUUAUUGAAAUAGAGAAAUCAAGCCAUAGCAAAUGACAAUAUAAACCACUAUACAAUGCAGUGUUUCUCUCCACUCCACACAUUACAUAUCUAUUACUGUUAUAUGCCAUCUGUAUUGCCUGAUCCUCACAAUCAUUUUAGCCCACAUAUGGUUUGCCAUGUAAUGAUGACAGUGAGGUGUGCAAUACACUGCAUAAGCAAAAGAGGUUUAUGGGAUUUUGUUUAAAUCAUAUUUCAAGAUGUGUUGAUUUAGUGCAUCUACUUAUAAAGUUUAUAAAGGUAUGCUGUCAUACAAUUGGACAUUAUGCUGGACCAAACAUGCCAAGGAUGUGGGAUCAAGGUUAGAUCUGUCAUAUGUUCAAAACAGAUGUAUGAAUCUGCAGUAGACUUGUUAUUAUUAUUAUUUGUUUUUAUUUCUUGCGUAAAUGGUUUAUGUCAGGGGAAGAAUCUUGGAACAAUUAAAACAUUUCAGAGUCCAGGGAGUCUAAAACAAAUCUCUCUUCAUUAAGUUGCUGUUUUCCAGUUACAUAACCUUCCAGCACAGAUGACUUUAUGAAGAUUCUUAACUAGACAUAUUUAAAGUUUAGCUACCUGAAACCCAGUGUAAAUGUGUUUGUGUUUGGCAUGGUUGAGUGUUUGUUCAUGAGCCAGAAGAUAAAAAUGCUAUUCUCCUACAAAAAUAAUUACCUUAUUAAAUAACCUGUGUCUAACAUACAACAUGUCUACCGUGAAUAGAUCAUCAUUCUUCCAAAACUGCGCCAGCAACACACAACCCGCUUAUCAGUGUGCAUUACCACGGAGGACUGAACAAAUACAGCUUGACAACUAGUGAUCAAUACAGUGAUUUACCCAGUAAAUAGAGGUAAUAUUGUAUAUAAUCUCUAUAUUGUAAAUAAUAAGCACUUCAUGCUUUCAGAAACAUGCUAUAUGUGCAGCUUCUUCUGACUGUUUGAAAAGGAAGAACCAGGUACUCUGAGCAAAAGUGCUUCAUUGAUAUUUUUCUUCUUCUGAGGAACAGAAUGAAUUAUUGUUUUCUCGUGCUCUUAGGGACUUAAAACAUACUCAGUUUUAGCAAUGAGGGUUUGUCCUGUUGCUCUGCAGACUGAUGACGUUGUGUAAUUUUAUAAACUGUUGGAAGACUUACUAAUCAAUUACUGAGGCAAUGAAUGAAUAAAGGAUAUGGGAAAAUAAGGGUAAAAACCAGAGUAUUACAGAUUGCAAUUUUAGUAUAUUAUUGUUAUAAUUAUUAUUAGCCUGUUAUUUUUGGUCCUCCCUGAAAUCUUUCCUUUUUAUUUUUAAUAUGAAUUUCUGCUCUUAUUCAUGUCAUUUGAUUUAUUUAAGGUUAUUGAAGUUCAGUCUUGAGGCAUUUUAUCAGCAUAAACAUUAUCCCUGCUUGUACAAGUAAAUGCUAAUUUCAUCUCUUCAUGGUAAAAGUUUGUACAUGAAAUGACUGCACAAAACACAAGCUAUAGUUCAGUUCUCAAAGUAUUUGAAUUUGUGUUUGAGUUUACUUUAAGAGUGCACUCUAAAAAAAGAUUCCGAAAGCAUGUGACAUUCUGCCAAGAAAAAUGAAAUAUGGUUGUUGACAUUUAUUUUAAGACUUAAUGCUUAAUGUUAGUAAAGCAUGUUUGCAAAUAAAUCUUUUGUCAUCCUGCA